UUGGCUACAGUUGAGGUAGCGCUGCAGUGCUUUGCAGACAGAAUACUCAUGAGCAGCCUCACUUCCUACUAUACAGUGUGUGUGUGUGUGUGUUUGUGUUUGUGUGUGUGUGUCUAACAGCAUCGGUACGCGUAACGAGGCCGGUGUGUGCUGUUGAGCAGCAACGUAGCCUGAGAUGACCUUAGUGUCUGCAGCUGUCACACAAUGUGAGGAUGAGUGUCCUCCCCAGUUUGCAAACAUCAAAGUACUACACAAGACGCAUGUUUCAUAUUGGUGCAUUGCUAAGCAUGGGAUAGCAUUGAAGGCUUUUCAAUUAAUCUCCAGGUGACAGCAUUGCUUACAUCAAGGCUGACGUGUCAAUACAGGAAAUAAUGGGAGCUUGCCUUCAAAUUAAGAGUUGGGGAAAAAAAAGAUAAAUUAAUUUUAUAUGGGGCUUAUAAACGAAAUUAAAUAUCAAUUUGCUGGUCAUUUACAACCCACAUUACAACCCACGUGUAACAACCCACAUUAUUAAAUAAUUUUUCAAAAUAAAAUGGGAAAAAGCUGUAACAUGUAUAACAUGUAACGUGUAACAUGAGUAUUAGCUUGAUGACCUGGCAUAUACUUUUAGAUAUUAUACUAGUUUGUCUUUCCACCUACAACACAAAGCCAAAAUAUGUUUGUAUCGUUCAGAUAGCUUAGCACAUAUUGACCCACAUUGCAUUGGCCUUAGCAUCUUUAGCACAAAAUGUAUUCAAGUGGUCCCCAGGAUCCUAUACUUUUCAGUGGAAAACGUUUGGACACCCAUGCAGUACUGUAUACAGUGUAUACAGUACACUUUAAUGUGACUUCUUAAUGGGUAUGCAUGAAAUAGCACGUUUUUACCACUUAACUCUUCAUUAUAUAUUAUUGUAGUCAAAGCUUUUGCAUGUUUUGCUCAUGCUUUUACAUAUCAAAACGUAGGUUGGGUGACAUUUGAGGCCUGUGGCUCAUUUUUUAUAGCCCUGUGACACAUUAUGGAAAUACAAAUAAACAAAAAAUGUUGAAAAAUAGUAAGAAAUAAAGUAAAAGUAAAUAAGUAAGUAAAUAAAAAAAUGAAUAAUAAUUGAAGUAAUAAUUACACAUGCAGAUGUACAAUACAUACAAUUAGAAUGUCCUGUACCACCACUGAACAUUCUUUAACGUUUUUAUUUUACGUUUACGUGCAUUUCCAAAUUAAUUCUGAAUAAUUUUACGCCAUACUGUAUAUUUGAGGGAUUAACGGAAACACACGCGUGCUCUUAUUUUGAAGGUCAUGGCAGGAAGUGGGAGUACUUUUCUCUAAUUUGACAGCCGGAGAGGAGAGCGAGGGAGAAGAGGAGCAGGGACACAGCAACCUGCCGGAGGACUCACAUGGUCCUGCUGCAGCUCUCACUACCGGUACCGCACGAACCCUCUCACACAAGUUGGAACCCCGACCUUUUUUGGGGGGGGUUGUUUAUUUUUUUUUUAUUUUUUCAUCACUCAUCCCGUAGCCCACAGGACUUGGCCCCCCCACCCCCGGUAAAGCAACGCCAUGGCUCGGGAGAACGGAGACACCAGCGGAGGUGAAACGUGGAAGAAGCAAGUCGACGACAUCAAGAAGAUCUUUGAUUUCAAGGAAGUGCUCGGGACAGGAGCCUUUUCCGAGGUGGUUCUAGCCCAGGAGAAGCUGACGGGUCGGAUGUUUGCGGUGAAGUGCAUCCCAAAAAAGGCUCUGAAGGGGAAAGAGAGCAGCAUUGAGAAUGAGAUUGCCGUGCUGAGGAAGAUUAAACAUGAAAAUAUUGUGGCGCUAGAGGAUAUCUACGAGAGUCCGGAUCACCUCUAUCUCAUCAUGCAGCUGGUGUCAGGCGGCGAGCUUUUUGACCGAAUUGUUGAAAAAGGCUUCUACACAGAGAAAGACGCCAGCACGCUCAUCCGACAAGUACUGGAUGCAGUGGACUACCUGCACAACAUGGGCAUCGUACACCGAGACCUGAAGCCAGAGAACCUGCUGUAUUUUAAUCCCAACGAUGGUUCGAAGAUCAUGAUCAGCGACUUUGGCCUUUCCAAGAUGGAGGGAAGCGGUAAUGUCAUGUCCACUGCAUGUGGAACACCGGGAUAUGUUGCACCGGAAGUUCUUGCCCAGAAGCCAUACAGCAAAGCGGUGGACUGCUGGUCCAUUGGAGUGAUUGCCUAUAUUCUGCUGUGCGGCUAUCCUCCCUUUUACGAUGAAAACGACUCCAAGCUGUUUGAACAGAUCCUGAAAGCAGACUACGAGUUUGACGCACCCUACUGGGACGACAUAUCGGACUCAGCCAAGGAUUUCAUUAGCAGUCUAAUGGAAAAAGAUCCAAGCCAGCGUUUCACAUGUGAACAGGCACUCCGACAUCCCUGGAUCGCUGGAGAUACAGCUCUCUGCAAGAACAUCCAUGAGUCUGUUAGCCGGCAGAUCAAGAAGAACUUCGCCAAGAGCAAAUGGAGGCAAGCGUUCAACGCCACGGCGGUGGUUCGCCACAUGAGGCGGCUGCAGCUUAGCAGCAGCAUGGGGAACAGCGUGGACUCUUCCAACCCACACAGGCUGAGCCAGAAGCUGGCACAAGGUCCGAGCCAGGUAGACCGGAACCGGCCGGCUCAAAGCCAGAGCGCCGGCUCAGCAGCGAGUCAAACUUCAUCCUUUGAUAACAACAUGACAGCCCCACGCAAGGAAUGUGUCCCCACCCCUGCCACUCCCUGCAGUCUGGCAUCUGCAGCCGCUGCUCCCGCAGCAGGGGCGGAGCUAAGCCGGCCGCACCCCUCGGUGGUCCCCGCCCCGGUGCUCACGGAGACAAAGUGACGCCAGGUCUUGCGGGGGACCAGCUGGGAGGCCACAGCGCUGUGAGGCGGAGGGACGCAAGGAUAUGAAGGAGAGCAGGAGAGGAAGAGAUUGGCCCUCUUGUUUCAACUUUUUUUGUCUCCUCACUGAACUUCUUCAUGGGAGUGUCCCCCCUCCCCCCACCCAUCACCACCACCACCUCUUCCUCCUCCUGCCCCUCAACUGGUUCCUCGCCCUGCUCUAAGGAGAGCAGAGGACUGAGAUUUGUACACACGGGGCCACAGUGUGUGUUCAACCCCACCACAUCACUGACUCUCACUGAGCUGCCUGGCGCUGUGUCACAUUAGUCAAUGUCAGCUUGCCUCUUGAACCUUGUCUUUCCGUCGCCACUUUUAUUUCAUUUUUUUCUCUGAAACUUGGGUUUGACUGUUGGCAACUGGAAUGUUUUCGUGUUUCUAUGACUGCUGUUCAUUCAUAGAGGUUGUACUUUUGAAAAAGCCAUCACUGUCAAAUUAUCAGCGCUGCAUCGGUAGAAUUACUGUAAAUAAAGAAGGCCAUAAUCGACAGGUCACCACUACCUCAUGCAAAUUACCAGCUUUCAACUCGUAAAUCCCUAAAUUGAGUCCAGGUGGUUUCCCAUAAUCCCCCAUCCACAACAUGACUACUAUUUAAUGUGCAUCUUCCUGCUGUGUGUCCAAAAGCGUUCUGGUCCCUUCGUCUCCUCCAUUUGCGUUGACUCAUGUUGCACACAAAAGCAACAAUGUUUAUGUUUGAAAUGCUACACUUAGCACUUUUAAGCCCUUUUUUUGUUUAGGCUUUCUUGUCUAUUUGUGUUUGUGCUUUAAGAAGUGCUUUAAAAGUACCAUAUGACUGUUGAGAGGGAGAAUCAUGAGUUAGAGUAUUUUGCACAGAAAUUCAAACGCCACCCACCAAUGUUUAUCAGACAGGAAGUCGAGAUUGUAUUGUACUUUUUUAAUUUUUUUUUUUUUUUUACUUUAAAAGAAAAUUCUUGCUUUUUAAGGCACUCAUAGAUUGUUAAACAUACAGACGUAUGACGGACAAACACGAUAUCAGGGGUGUCCAAAGUGUACUUCAUUUUCAGCCCGCAACUCAUUUUUAUUGGCAUAUUUAAAAAAUAAAUUGCAUCAUUAAUGAUGACUAUUAUAAGAUAUUGCACUUGCUUUGCCACCGAUAACAAAAAGCUAACAUUUUUUUAGUAUAUGUUUACCUACUUUACAAUAGAUUUAAAGGGGAUCUAUUCUGCUUUUUCAAACUUUUCUGACCUAUAAAUGUAGUUAGAAUGUUAGUAUUCUCCUGUUAAACGAUGCCAGAGUUUCAGAUAAUGAGGUUUGCACAUUUGGAAGUGAGCCCUGAAAGAACUUUUGGAUGGCUCAAAAUGCUCGGUUUCAGAAGGCGUGGUAAAACUUCCCCUUUGUGACAUCACAAAGGAGCAGACUUCCUUAUAUGGGUGGGGCUGUAAGCCAAAUAAGCUCUCUGCCCUCCCCCAAUCUCUGCUUCUCCCACCCUUCCCCAAGCACUCCUUAUCUGUUUACCUUUUAAUAGCAAUGACUCGUACGGGAAAGCCACAUUUGUUUGGUUGGAGUUCCUGAUUCCCUACUAGCAAAAGAAAUACAUUUUAAUCUGUCAACGGCUCAGAGUCAGAAGAGCAAGCAGUAGGUAACAGUUUGUCAGUGUUCGAACUGUGUUUAGUUUGUGUAAGUAAUGGAGCAAAAGUGUUUGUCUGUAGCGUUAUAGCAUUAUUAGCAUUAUAGAGUGUGUAUACAGUCUCUACUUCCAGAUCGGAUUCAUUAUCCAACACACAUGGCUGUAUGUUAAAAACAGAUCUUUUAACGAGUUUUUCAACUAUAUACUUUUUUUAUACGAUAAAGUUAGGUUUGCAGCUAGCACCACAAACCGGAAGUUCUUCUAAGCACUUGGGAGUAUGACCAACCACAGCGGAGUGGGUGUGCCUGCUGCCGGGCAGUGAGUUUCUUUGGAUUUCAUGCAUCCCGCGAAAACUGUCUUUUAAUGAAAUAAAUACAGCUGAAUAGGUGCAGAUUCUGGAAGAACUUGAAAGCUUUCUGUGCUGGUUAACGUGUGUAGCUGAGCAUAAUAGGUCUCCUUUAACAUCAUUAAUGCACAAAAUGUAUCAAAGUGGCCCCCGCAUUCUUCAGGUUUUCUGUAUGCGAUCAUAAGUGGAAACAGUGUGGACACCCCUGCGCUAUAUGGACAAAAGCGCAUCGUCAAUACCCCUUAACUAACCUGAUUUGUUGGUGCAUGGAUGAUAUACUAGAUGUGGACAAGCUCCAAAACGUCUUCUCAAAAGGCUGCAAAGGGAGACCAAGCUCAUAUUUUCUUCCAUUUUCACUCGACAUUAUUUUGUCCAUAUAGUGUACAGAAUGGUUUUGAUGAUGUACAUAACUUAUCACGCGUUUUUCUUAGUCUUUUGCCUUCAUAAUUGUCCAAAUUAGAUGAUGAUUGUCCCUCGCCUUUCUAUUGAAGCCAUGAUUUUUGCCGCUGCACCCAGUUCAGUCAUGCUCAGGGAAAACUGCAGCUGCACUGUGUGCUGGCGGCUUCCCUGGUUUAGUUUCACUUUCAGUCCAUUUGUGUGCUGAGGGCAGCAUGUAGGCAUGCCCAGGAUAGAAUUACAGUAUGUUUGGUUUAAUCAGAUCAGAUAACCAGAGCUAUAAAAGAUAGUGAACAUGACUACCAAGCAGAAUAGUUCAGUUCCAUUAAGUAUCUGAUCUGUAUAGACCGCUAUUUGGUACCCUCUGUUGCAGUUCCAACAACAGUGGUGAGGUUGGCUUUCAGGUUGGCUUUCAGGUUGGAACUAGAUGCAGUCAGAUCAGGAUUUACCAUUCCGAACCUCACCAAGGUGAGCGUAACUGUUCUUGGUCAAAAUGCUGCAUUCAAGUCAGCUGUGAAGUUGGAAAUAUUGGCGCUUAUUAGGUUUUGUGGUGUAAACAAAGAAUAAUAGGAGCUUAAAGGGAUUUGAUGUCAUGUCUACUGGGCUGUAAUAAUGGGAAAAACAUAUUUACAAAGUCAUAAAUAGGUUUUCUAUGUUUUAACUACAUCAAAUUUUAACCAACAUUGAAUCUGUAUUGUUAAUUAAUAUUGAAUCCUACUUCAUCUGUAACCAAUUAACCGCAAUAAACAAGGCGCCGCAGCAAUGCAUUUUAGUGAAGCUGCGGUUUACACCAAUUUAGUGGUUGGAAAUGCCAGACUUUCUAGUUUUCUGGAAUGCAGCAUUAAGACUUGAUGACUUGAUUCCAUUAUAUUCCAAAACAUCAACACUUCACACAUAUCCGAUUGUCAUUAGUUGCUAUCCCUUUAUUGUGAAUAUGUAGCCAAAGACAAGAAUAUUAGGUACAUCUGAGAACAUUUGAUAGAUUUUGUAUGAUUUGAUAUGAUAGCUACUGUUAGUUGCCAUCUUUUUGGGGAUAUUUCUCCCCUGUAAGAGUGCUACUGACGAAUGUCACAGCAUGACAGGUCCUCAAUUGGGCAAAAACCCACCAUUUGUGAGACUUUUGUGAUAUUUGUGAGUUCUUAGUUCUGUUUUUUGGUCAUGGUGACAUACUUUGUGAGCUCCAAAAUGCCCUAUAGUUGUAAGUAUUUAUGCAAAUGUUUAAAGCCACCGCAUGUAGGUUAACCUGUAUAUUCCCUAAGCCUACUUUGUCCUGUGUACUUGUCUUCAUGAACGCACUUGUCCUUUUAGCGUGUCUUUAAAUGCUGUUAAAUGUUGUCUCAGUAAUUGUCUUGACAAAGUUUGUUUUUUUUUAUUCAAAUGUGAGUGUGUCAAAGUAGCAACAUUUUAUUCCGGAAAAAAAAAUCAUGUUUUCUCAGAGGAAAUCAACUUUGCCGUUACCUUCAUUUAAAAAGAUGACAUAAGGGCUUUAUUCCAACGUAAUCUGAUUAUUCAUCAUGACCCUGUACACUGUACAUACAAACAUUGAUUGCUAUGCAUUGUCAGAAAAUCCUGAAAAUAAACUAUAUUUAUUGAAAGUUUGGCACGUUACAGGGAACAAGUGUCCUUGCUAGAAUUGAAUCCAAAUUAGUUUUUUGUAAAUUCUGACUAGAUUCUCACAAUGCCCCUUUGACCUACAAGUUCAAAUCCCUACAUUGUAAAUUGAUUGUCAGGGAGGGGGCGGGGUUGCAAACUGAAAUAAUGUGAUGUGGUGCACAUCAGUGAAUGUUCUGUGAGCUUUUGUGUCAUUGCUUUCUGAAUGAAAUCCUCCGUGUCAAAGAUGCUUGUGUACAAAGAUUGUGAAUAUAAAUUAUAAUUUUCAAGAUAUUUACAAA